CGUAUGUCAAGUUUCAUGAAACUAUAAGAUGCGGUUAAAAUUGUUGUUAUAUCUUUAUUUCUUAUUAAAUAUAGUUUCUAAUUUUGUAAUAGGAAUAAGUUUAUGGAAAAAAUAUAGUGAACUUCGUAAAAAAAUAAACAAAAAAUUGAAUAAACAAAAAGAGAGUGAACUUCUCCUUGAUAUUAAUGAAUAUGAAUAUCCAAGAGCAAAUGAAACACUUAGAAAGAUACACAAGGAGUUAUGGCAGGAAUAUUAUGAAUGUUUAAAAAAGAUAUAUAACGAAAUUGGAACAGAAAAGAUGAUGUAUCCAAUAGCGUUUGAAGCCCUAGAAGGAACACUUGUCACAUUAAAAUGUCAAAUAUGUAUCUCUCCAAUAGAAAUCUAUGUUAGUGAUGAUGUAGAAUGGUAUUUCAAUAAUACUGUCAGCAAUGAUACAAGCAGGCUUAUAGAAUCAGAUAAUUUGUUCAUUUCCCCAAAAGACAGAUCAUUGAUAAUACAUAACAUUAAGUCUGAACAAGCUGGUCAAUAUUGGUGUAAAUUUGGGGAUACAUUAUCAAUAUAUUACUAUAUAUCCAUUGACACUGAUCUUGAAGGAGUAAAAACUGUAUAUCCUACAACAGCACCCAAUAUGCCUCAUGCAAUACCAAAAAAUAUUGUAUCAGAAUAUAAUUUAAAUAUCUAUACAACAUGGACUAAAUGGUCUUUAUGUUCUAACUGUAAUGUAGUUGGUAAAAAAGUUCGGUAUGGAUAUUGUACUGUUUCUUCACGUGCAGAUGUCAACAAGAAAAGUAUAAUAGAAAAGAAACAACUUACGGAUUAUAAACGGCAAACCGCAGAGAAUGAACAAAAUGGAACAAUAGAAACUACAACCACAAUUCGGGAUCAAAUUAUAGAUAAAAGUAUGAAUGAUAAAAUCAAAAUGGUUUUACGUUUAUUUAGAAACAAAAUACCUUGUAAAAGUAAAUAUUUGCCAAAAGCUUCGGACAUUUUGAAUAUUAAAGAUAGAAAAACAGAAAUUAUGGUGCGCUAUUGUAAGAUAAAGUGUCCAGAAAAUAUAAUAUUCGAAGUACGGGAUAAGAAGGGAAAUGUACUUGAAAGUGCAAAUAAUAGUGCUGGUAUAUAUUCUAUGGUUCAAGGAAUGCCCGCUCCAUCACCGCCAGUUAUACGCACAACAAUUUAUCAAAAACAUGAUAAAAAAGCAGUUCUUGUGUGUCCAGGAAAUUUAAAUACAGAUGUACCAAUUAAUUGGAAAAUAGAUGACGAAAUCUUAAAUCCGUCUAUUGUAAAAGACCAAUCUGAAGGAAGAAUUUAUUUUAAUUCGCAGAUGCAUAUAAUUUUCAAAUCAUUAAAAUUUCAAGAUGCAAAUAUAUAUAGUUGCUGGCAAAGAAAUGAAAUCGUUGGUGUAAUAAAAUUAAAUGUAACUGGAGAAAUGGAACUACAAAUAAAUUACAGUGUUAUUAUGAUUGGUGGAAUGUUGAUAAUUGUUGUAUUCAUGAUUGUGUUUUGGAGGGCAUUUCAAACUCGUAAACGUUUUACAAUACAUUGACUGUAUUGUGCACUAUUUCUUUGAAAUAAAACAACGCAUGAUGUUGCAAAAAAAAAAAAAAAAGAUAUAAAUAA